CAGAGUGCAAGUUCUGGAUACUCACUUUUCUCUUUAAUUUUAGCUUUCUUUCUUUUUUCUCUCUUUUCUUCUUUUCUUUCUUUUUUUCUUUCUUUUUCUUUUCUUUUUUUUUUCUUUAAAUUUCACUCUGUAGUCCAAGCUGGGCUGUCAUUCACUAUGUAAUCCAGGGUGGAUUCGAACUCAUAUCAAUCCCUCUGCCUCAGCAAUGCUGAGGUCAGAAUGAAUGCUGAGGUCACAGACUUGAACCACUGAGACUUAGGACUUGUUUCUUUCCACCAAAGGCCCCGGAAAGGGAUUUCGCUUGCCAGGAAGUUUUAUCUGACAGGUUCGGAGUCUCAGCAAUGGCUUCGGGGUAACUUCUUGGAUCCUCCACGUUUCCGAAUCCUAGUGAAGACAGGUGGACCAGACUGGGGACAUGGACCUAUCAGCUAGGCUCUCUGUGCUGCCGCUGCUGCUGCUGUGGUCCAUGGCCCCGCAGGCGCGGCAGCAGCGGUCCCAUUCUCUGUACUAUUUCUUCAUGGGUGCCUCUGAGCCAGACCUUGGGCUACCCUUGUUUGAGGCUCUGGGCUAUGUGGACGACCAACUCUUCGUGUCCUACAAUCAUGAGAGUCGCCGUGCGGAGCCCCGGGUCCCAUGGGUCUUGGAUCAAACCUCAAGCCAGCUGUGGCUGCAGCUGAGUCAGAGCCUGAAAGGCUGGGAUUACAUGUUCAUUGUGGACUUCUGGACUAUCAUGGACAACUAUAACCACAGUAAGGUCACGAAGGUGGGAGUGGUGUCCGAGUCCCACAUCCUGCAGGUCAUCCUGGGCUGUGAGGUGCAUGAAGACAAUACUACCAGCAGCUUCUGGAAGUAUGGGUACGAUGGUCAAGACCACCUUGAAUUCUGCCCCAAGACGUUGGAGUGGAGAGCAGCAGAACCAGGGGCCUGGGCCACCAAGGUGGAGUGGGAAGAGCACAAUCUCGGGGCCAGGAAGAACAAGGACUACCUGGAAAAGGACUGUCCUGAGCAACUGAAGCGGUUCCUGGAGUUGGGGAGAGGGCUUCUGGGGCAGCGAGUGCCUCCUUUGGUGAAGGUGACUCAUCACUGGACCUCUGCUGGGGCCUUUCUAAGGUGCCGGGCUCUGAACUUCUCCCCCCAGAAUAUCACGAUGAGGUGGCUGAAGGACGACCAGCUGCUGGAUGCCAAGGCCCUCACCCCUGAGGAUGUGCUUCCUAAUGGGGACGGCACCUAUCAAAGCCAGGUGGCCUUGGCUGUGGCCCCUGGUGACGAGACAAGGUUCACCUGUCAAGUGGACCAUCCAGGCUUCGACCAGCCCCUCACUGUCACCUGGGAGCCCUUGCCAUCUCGGGCCCUGAUUAUUGGAGUCGUCAGUGGGAUCGCCAUUGUUGUCCUCUUCCUUGUUGGGGCUUUGAUCCUGAUCUUAAGGAAAAGGAAGGCUUCGGAAACCAUGGGCGACUAUGUCUUAGCGGAGUGUGAGUGACCUUCAGCCUGCAGUCCCAUGAAGGGAGGAAACUCAGCCGAAGACCUACAGGAAGCACACUUGCUCCAUUCUAGAACACAGUUGGACCUGAUACACAGAAACUGCCUGAGGAGCUCUGCUCUUAGCUUUCCCUGUUCACUUUCUGAAGAUGAUUCCCCCAGUCAAGUCUUUGAGUUCCUUAACAACGCUCCAGAUGCAACCUCUCUCUCUAGAAGCGGCCUCGUGAAUCUCCAGCAGCUUCUAGAGGCAUCCUUCAUUUUCUCCAUCCAUCUGGAUUCCAUAUGUGUACUUCUUAAAAGGGCUCUCUAAAUCUGAGGAUACACAGUUCAUUUUCACAUCUGAAGAAGCUAGGAAUUUUCAUCCUGGGAUGCACCCUCAUACUUGCACCAGGAUUUAGCACAUGUAUCCUAGAAUCCAGAUCAACUGUCCUUUGAGCCUCUCCACCUGUUACCUAGUGAUCCCUCUGUCACCAAGCUCUGACUUCUCUGACGUUGCAGUCUUCUAUGGGUCAUCAAUACAACUGUGAAUGCUACACACUGUACAACCCAAGGAGGCACCCUCUGAGAAAAUAUAGAUGUCUGUGUGCACAAUGA